UUGGUGGGUGGUGUGGUCAGCUGGUGCCAUUGCAUAUUGUCCGAUCUUGUUGCGUUUGUGAUAGCAGACGGGGAUAUUUUCGUGACUGCGGCCAGCGCCUGUCGGUCCAGCGCGGCGAGAUGUCGUCUCACCAGCACCGCUACAAGAACACGGGCAUGGACCCGGCCGAGAUGCGCCGUCGCCGGGAGGAGGAGGGCAUCCAACUGCGCAAACAGAAGCGCGAGCAGCAGCUCAACAAGCGGCGCAACGUGACGCUGCCCGAGCUUCAGGACGACGAGGUGUCCUCCACCGGCCAGGACAUGCCCGUGCAGUCCGUCACCAAGGACAUCGUGGAAGCGCUGUACAGCGGCGAGCUCGACCAGCAGACGGACGCCACGCACAAGUUCCGCAAGCUGCUGAGCCGCGAGCCGAACCCGCCUAUCGACGAGGUCAUCCGGGCGGGCAUUGUGCCGCGCUUCGUCGAGUUCCUCAAGGUCGACGACCAGCGCCUGCAGUUCGAGGCGGCCUGGGCGCUGACCAACAUCGCGUCCGGCUCGUCGGCCCAGACUCGGCGGGUGGUGGACGCGGGCGCCGUGCCCAUUCUGAUCGCGCUGCUCCAGUCCCAGUACGAGGACGUCAAGGAACAGUCGGUGUGGGCGCUCGGCAACGUGGCCGGCGACUCGCCCGAGUGUCGCGACUACGUGCUGGAGCAGAAGAUGCUGAUGCCGCUGCUACAGAUCUUGGCCAAUGACCCGCAGCGGCUGACGCUGAAGCGGAACGCGGUGUGGGCGCUGAGCAAUCUGUGCCGCGGCAAGAACCCGCCGCCCGACUUCGACAAGGUGUCGCCGUGCCUGCCGGUGCUGGCGCGCCUGCUCUUCGACCCCGACAGCGAGGUGCUGGCCGACACGUGCUGGGCGCUUGGCUACCUGUCGGACGGGCCCAACAACAAGAUCCAGGCGGUGAUCAACGCCGGUGUCUGCCGUCGGCUCAUCGAGCUGCUCAUCAACAGUGAACAGUCGGUGGUGAGCGCGGCGCUGCGUGCAGUCGGCAACAUCGUCACCGGAGACGACAUGCAGACCCAGGUGAUCCUCAACUGCCAGGCGCUGCCCUGCCUGCUCUACCUGCUCAGCUCGCCCAAAGAGAACAUCAAGAAGGAGGCGUGCUGGACCAUCAGCAACAUCACGGCCGGCAACAAGGCCCAGAUCCAGGAGGUGAUCGACAUCAACAUCUUCCCGGUGCUGAUCGAGAUCCUGUGGCGGGCCGACUUCCGGACGCGCAAGGAGGCCGCCUGGGCCAUCACCAACGCCACCACCGGCGGCACCGCAGACCAGAUCAAGUACAUCGUCCAGCAGAACUGCAUCCCGCCGCUCUGUGAACUGCUGACCGUCAUGGACCCCAAGAUCAUCCAGGUGGCGCUCAACGGCCUGGUCAACAUCCUCAAGCUGGGCGAGGCGGAGGCCAAACAGGCCGGGCAGAACCCGUACGCAGUCAUGAUCGAGGAGUGCUACGGCCUCGACAAGAUCGAGUUUCUGCAAUCGAACAAGAACCAGGAGAUCUACCAGAAGGCGUUCGAUAUCAUCGAAACGUACUUCGGCAGCGAGGAUGAGGUGGCGCAGGUGGCGCCGGCCGGCGACCAGCUGGGGGAGUACCAGUUCGCGGCGGACGCCCAGGCGCCGGCUAACAUUCAUUUCUAGCCGGCCGGCCCCGGCGACAGCGCAUCUAGUCAGCCGGCCCUCGCCCCGCCCCCUUUCCUCUCCGAGAGCCCCUCGCGCCGGGCGGCCGCCGCCGCCGCCGCCGGAGACUGUGCAAUGGCCGGCGUGCGCUGCGGGACGCCGCCGCGCGCGACGACCUGACCUCGGCGAGCCGACUGGACCUCGCCCCUACUGAAACUGACUGUGAUACACGAGCGUGCGUGCGAGCGAGCGUGUGAGUGCCUGCGGGAGCGUGUGGUUGAGGGCGCGGGCGCGGGACGCCGUGGCGAGGCCGGACGCGGGGGCUGCCUGCGGCCGGGGCGCUGCGUUAUGGCCGGCGCCCUCGCGGUGGCCCGGGCAGGCCGCCGGCGCUGCCUGUUUUAUACGGACUGUUUGGCGUGCGGUGACGUGCGGGAGCGCGCCCGCGACCGCGUGAGUGCGCGUGAGAGGGAGUGAGCAUGAGGGCGUGAGCGCGCGUCGACUGACGCCGUGGCGCCGGUCGGCCGCGGCCGGACUUCUGACCAGGACGGACGGACGGCGGAUCGGGAGGCGUGCCCGCGUGAUUGGUCGCCCCGGCCGCCACCUUUUAGCGGACGGGAGCGGGCUACCGGGCCGUGCGCAGACCUCAGUCGGGCCUCGCUCCGGCAUGCGCGUGCUCGCCUGUGCGCUCGUUCUUGGCUCCAGCUGUCUGCUAACACAACGCGGAUUUUGUUAAUAAUUUAUGAGAUAUUUGCACUGAUUUGAGACUUUUCUUUGAUUGUGCCUCAAUAAACGUUUAAUCUAUCG